AGCAAAUGUUCGCAGUGUGAGAAGUUGAGUUACUAUAAUGUCAAUUACAAAUAUAUAAUAAUAAUAAUUGCAAGCAAAGCAAAUGUAUUUAAUAAUCAUAAUGAAAUAUGUUUAUAGAUCUGAGUAUCGUAUGUUCCACAUUUUACUUGAAUAAUGCGUGUAAAAACGUGCUUUACUAAUGAUAUUUCUUUGCCAAAUGCUUUUGCCUUUGUAUUUGUACAGUUUAGGUCCUGGUGAUAAUAUGGACAUAAUAAAGGGCUGUUUGGAUGAUAUUUCCCAAGCUGGAAGUCGAUCUGAGAAGGAGAUGGUCAGUUCUCGGUCUCUGGAGCUUAUCAGCUCUGACGUCAUCGGAAAAAAGGAUGAAGAGAGUUCACAGGAGAUCAUUGGCUGUCUAGAGGAGAAACUGCCCUUUGAUCAAGUCGCUGUAUCUGAGGAUUAUAUGGACAUCACUAAAGGCAGUCUGGAAGAGAUUUCUCGACCGGCCUCCAGUGAACGCUGUCUGUCUGGGAGUCAAGGGUCUCUCCGUCCCGGAUCCCUGGAGGUGCUCAGUCCUGAUCUCUCUGAUAAUAACAAGGUUGAAGGCCACACACAGGAGAGAAUUGACUGUCCAGCAGAAAACAGUUCUGAUCAAGAUGAUUCUGAUGAGGAGAAUGAAGAUCCAGAGUUGAGAAAAGCCAUGAAGAUAAUGAAGAAACUGGACCAGAUUCUGGCUCUCAAGGUGUCAGCGGAGAGAGAGGUGAAACGGAAAGGCAGAGAACUUCAUCAGAGACUCUGGCAGGAGCUUCAGGAUGUGAGCCUUACAAACACCCCAGAGAGUAGAGACGAGGAGGACAAUACCAGACGCUUUCUGGCACUGACACCCAACAACUUUCAGGACUGCAGUGAAGGGGAUUUUGUGCCCGUGUUUGGGACUGAAGUUCUUGAUCUGAACUAUGAUCUGAACCCGAGACAUCAGAGCGAAGAACACACACAUGUUGAGUCCGCGGGUUGUUCUGAAGUGGGUCAGCAGGUGAUGGAAGAUCAGCCGUCAGAUCGCAGACAGCGAGGAGCUGCACACGGCAAGUGCAGACAAGACUUUGUCAGGAAAAAUAUUGAGCUCGCAGGUGCCGCAGGAAACUCUGUACUGCUCACGCAACAAGAGAGAGAGAGAAUCGAGGAGCUACUCAAAGAUCUUGAGGAGGGACAGAAUGAUGCACCUGAGGUCGUGUCGGAGUGUUUGGGGUCUCUAUCAGCUGUUGAAGGUUUCAGUCCAGAACCUUCUGAACUCAACAAUCUCCUCCAUAUUGACUCCAAACUGCAGCUGCUACUUCCUGUGGAGGACUUCCUGUCUGUGUGGAGCCCCUGUCCAGACAUCAGCCCAUCUCAGGUGAGACCGCAGAGUUUAAAUGAGAGUUUGGCAGAGAAAUCAGGAGUCCUGUGGGACGUGAGAGAGAGACGAGACCAGGAGAGACGAAUGCGAGAAAUCCAGCAGCAGCUGCAGGAGCUGGACGAAACUCAGAGGAGCGCUUCGGAUUGUUUGUCUGAUGAUCAGUUGAGGAAUCUGCUGUUGAAAUGUGAGCAUGAAAUCAUCAGAUCUUCAUCAGAAACUUCCCUGAGGAUGAUCUCUGCUCUGGACGCUCACAGCGUCUCUCUGCUGGUCAGUUCUCCUCGUCUGUCCAGCUCCGAUCUGUCACAACUUCUGCAGGACGCUCACGGGUCUCCAACACCACCACAAAGUCAGGAAAAUACUCAUCACACGGAGCAAUAACACAAGGACAUGAAAUAUGAAUAUUGUGCAGUAGUGCAGAGUCUCAGCCUGCAUUCUUUAAAGUUGCACAAUAAUAUCAGACGGUUCUGAAGUGUGUUUGUGAUUUUGGUCUGAUGUGUGAACCCGUGUCUGUAUCAGAAUCAGAUGUCUGAAGAUGAAUCAAACUCACACAGUUCUGCUGAAA